AUGGUGGAUGCGCCAGCCUGCCCGACACGUUUCUGCUGCGUCGGCCCCUCUGCCCCUUUUCCCACGCCCGUCGCAUAUCGCUGCGUCGCGCCGCUGCUUGGGCCCCUCCCAUCCUUGUUUUGGCCGCCGUCCCUGAGCGACAUGCAGCCUUAUUCGCGUGGUGCCUCGGCACCCGUCUGCCAUUGGCCGACGGUGCCCACAAGGUUCCGCGGUCGUGGUUUUGCUCUCGAGGCGUCCCUCCGUAGCGCAGCGCCGGGAGCCACGGGAAAGCAGACGGUCGUGCGUAGUGACAGACUGCCGUCGAUGCGGUCAUCUCACCGACGAUCCUCUGGGGGCUCUCCCGCGAGCGUGACAAUUGCUCGACCUAGACCUGUUCACGCGUCCGUCACGACCUCGACAUUGCCCGCCGUCGAUAGUCUGCUGGAUCGCCUGAACCAGGCCCGGCACGACAGCGCCGAUUGUGCAAGCUCGGGACAGCUGCAACCACCGCAAGCAGCACCGACAAGCUCAGUAGCUAGUGUGUCGGCGACCUCUUUGCAGCGUUCAGCACUGGACAGCAGCCGGCGACCUGGCAGUCGCAAGCACGAGAGAGGGGUCUGGCGCUGCGACGAUGUGUUUCCAAUGCCUCCUGCAUGCCUGGUGUCCUACCAACGUCGUAGCGCAACACCCCAGCGGCCGUUUUCUCGCCGACAGUGCGAGUCUGCUUGUCAUUGUGUCUUGUGCUUGACGAGCAACCAGCCAGGGCCUGAGCCCGCACCUCUGUGCGAUUCCACUCCCAUGUCUUCUAGAAACAUUCUCCCGUCUGCGCAAUCCCCGGGCGCCAUCAAAAUAUAUUACCUACCCACCCUCAUGCUCGGCAAGCUUGCAUCAGCUCUAGCAAGGUUUCGAAACAUUCCCCCACUACGUGAUUGUGCUACUUGCAAAUAUCACGUAUUCUACGUCACGGCUGUUUCGCCUGACCACACUGGCCUUGCAGAACGUAUCAUCAAGUUUCCUCAUGACUCUGGCUCAGCGUUGGCUGAGGCCAUCCGCUAGGGAUCGUAUGUGUAACCUCCGG